GACAACCAGCGACGGACGUACCACGCUCCGUUCUAUUAUCGCGUACACGUUUGAACCCGGUUUUCGUUGCUCCAGUCUUGAUCAAUCGUUUCUGGAGCCUGCAUGUGGACGUCAGUGAGUUUCAUUCAGGUGUUGAAUCUAUUGUGAUUCAUGAUUUAUUUAAAAGACUGUUGUGAAGUGCUAAAUUACUCUUAAAACACUCAAUAACAGUGAUCUCACAAAAACAAAAAUACUUCAAUCCACUUAAUUUUGUUCAUUUAUUGAUUUUAGCCAUUUAUUUACUAAUCCUAUUAGAAACGUGAAUUAAAAAUAGUGAUUGGUAUGCUGCAAGUGUUGUUAAUGCAAAUAAUAUAUAUAAAACAUGUGACUGAAGUGAAGAUACUCAACUAAAUUAUAUCAAUUGUUAAAAAUAAUAAUAUCUAAUUGUGGAUUAAUUUAAAAAAAAAAAAACAAUCCUUAUCAAUGAUUAACGAAGAUGAGAAUAAUUCUGGUAUUGCUAAAACAAUGAUAGUCGGUAUGGAGGUUGAAGAGCAUUUUAGUUUAAGAGUAUCUCAUCUAGAUGAUGAUAGUGAUAGAAAGAUCGAACGAAAUAAAAAAGAGGAAUCCGAGUCUGAUUGUGAGAGUGAGACAAGUGAAGUCCUGAGCGUCGGCAGUGAGCCAACGCCCGCGGCCGAUAACUUGGUAGUUGAGAUCAAAGACUGUGAAAUGAGUUAUUCGCCACCAAAUCCGUCUUCCAGGUUGGAAAACAGGACUGAAGCUAUCACGAAUUCUGUCAGCUUGUCGUCGUCAAGAACACCAUCUCCAUCACCAUCGAGUGGUUCAGCUAGCAAUCAACCUCAAAGUCCUCAAAGUUUAUGCAGUCUUCAACAACAACCAUCUCCAACAACAUCAGUAAGAUCUCCAGCAUCAUCAAAUGCCACAGCAUCAUCUCCCAGCCAGACAGAUGUCAUUCAUGAUGCUGCCAUUGUCUCCAGGUACCCGAUGACUUCACUUCAUCAACAACACUUGUUGUCCAGGUAUUCUAGAGAUUCUGAUCAUCUAGCAGACUACUCAUCAAGCACCAGAGUGCCUCCUCUUGGUCUGAACCAUGAAGUUAAUUAUCCUCCUCAGAGGCUUCACAUUAGCAAUGUUCCCAUGGUAACAAGACUCUCUCUAUCGCCACCAUCAUCAGUUCCAAGCCUUCAAGCAACCCCUUCUAUUUUUCGUCCAACAUGUCGAGAUCCACGAGAAUCAUCUCUUCUUCUUCAUCCAGUACAUCUGGCCAGUUCUCAUCCUCUUCUGCAAAAUACUCCCCAAACUCACGCGACGGCGUCUCUUUUUCACCACCACCAGCAACAUCAUCCACAUAAGGAGAAUCAACACAUAGACCAACAUCGAUUGUCACUUAAUAAAAUGCUCCAAAACUUAUCAACGAGGGAAAAUAAAAGCCCAUCGCCGGUUAAUCCCGAUGAUGAAGAGGCUCGUGGAUCUCUUACUGGAAACAGUUUGCAAAAUAAUAGUCAUCAUCAUCAUCAUCAUCGAAAUAAUACAAAUAAUAAUGAUCUGCAGGGAAACUUGAAAUUCAGCAUAGAUAAUAUAUUAAAAGCUGAUUUUGGUAGAAGGAUAACUGAUCCGAUAUCAUUAAAGAAAUCUAGACCGAAAAAAGUUGCUCAAAAACCGAUUGAUCUCACCAAAGACUUUUUGGAAUCUUCGUCGGAAGGUUCUGAUAAGACGUCGGAAUCAACCAGUAGUAACACAUCGACAGGAAUACCUAUGGAUACAUCCACAAAUAAUGGUAGUGCCCAAAGUACACCUGCUGCUGAUUCUUCCAAACAGAUGCUCUGGCCAGCGUGGGUUUACUGCACUCGAUAUUCGGACCGGCCGUCUUCUGGACGAAGUCCACGAACAAGGAGAGUAAAGAGAUCGAGUGAAGGCCGGGCAACAGCAACACCUGAAGAAAAGAGACCACGGACUGCAUUUAGUGGAGAACAAUUGGCAAGAUUGAAACGUGAAUUUGCUGAAAAUCGUUACCUCACUGAACGAAGACGACAACAAUUAUCAAAAGACUUGGGACUAAAUGAAGCUCAAAUAAAAAUUUGGUUCCAAAAUAAACGAGCGAAAAUUAAGAAAGCAAGUGGACAAAAAAAUCCUCUGGCGCUUCAACUUAUGGCUCAGGGUCUUUACAAUCACUCUACAGUGCCACUUAGUAAAGAAGAAGAAGAACAAGCAGCAGAACUCCAAGCCAAGUGACUAAUUCGAAAAAGAAUAUCGUCGAUUUAUCAAUCUGUACAAAGAAUUUUAAAAGAUACAUUUUAAUCUUUAUAAAUAUUAUGAAUAUUGCUAUAUUUAAAUUUUACGGUAAAUUUUUCGCUGUAUUUAUUAUUGUAAAAACGACAAUUCGAGUACAAGUACAAUA